AUCCUCAAACCAACAACUUAUAAUUCAUUAUUCACUAAACAAAAUACAAAGGAGUUUGUGGUUUGCAUCAUUAGCUAUGUCAUCGUCGGAGACAGUUCCAGAGUCGCCGGAAUCUGAUUUGACUCAAAUCAAUUUCGAUGAAACUGAGCUCACCUUGGGACUUCCAGGAGCCGAAUUCCGGCCAACUGAUCACAAACCCAACGCCAAACGUUGUUUCCUUGACACUGUUGAUGCCGGUGUUGGGAGCUCGACAAGCGAACCGCGUGACGGUCACGACCAGCCUCAACUCAUCUCUUCCGGCGAUAGGCAAAAGCGGGCAGUAAUGGGUUGGCCGCCAGUGAGAUCAUACAGAAAAAAGACAAUAGAAAUGAACAGCAAAUACGUUAAAGUUGCGGCUGAUGGGGCGCCAUAUCUGCGUAAGCUCGACCUUGAGAUGUUCGAUGGCUAUCAACAAUUAUUCAUCGCAUUUGAGCAAUUGUUUACCUCUUUUCCUAUAUGUUGUGAUUACUUGGAAGAAGGAAACAAUUUGAACCCUGUGAAAAGAGCAGAUGAAUACUUACCAACCUAUGAAGACAAAGAUGGAGAUUGGAUGUUAGUCGGAGAUGUCCCUUGGAAGUUGUUUAUUGAAUCUUGCAAACGUAUUCGUCUGAUGAAAGGUUCAGAUGCCAUUGGCAUAGCUCCAAGGACACCAUAAAAGGAGGGAAGGAGAGGAAGCUUUUGGAUGGACAGCUUUUCUUUUCUUUAUCCUUUUUGAAUUUGUUAAAGUUUGGAUGAAUAUGCUUGUAGUUAUGGCAUUGCCUUGACGUGAUUAGGCCUCGGUUGAUUUUGUAUAAUAAAAUGUCAGUUCAAAAAAGUAAUAUUUACUUAACUACAGUGUUGUACAGUUACCAAUACCAACAUAGCUUAAGUAGUCAAAUAUUAAUGACUUGUUUAUAAGUUCUAAUUUUGAAGCUCUUCCCCUCA